AUGUCGGCCACAACAGUCACGAAGAAGCGCAAGAGCAUCGGCGACUCUGCACCUGCUACGAAGAAAAUCAAGACGGCAAAAUCCGAGGUCAAACCUGCACCACUCAAGUCUGCCUUGAAGAAGCCCAAAGAUGAAGUCGCCUUGAAAAAGACGAAUGCGAAGGAGGCACCUAAAGCCAAGAAGACAGAGACAGCUGCGAAAGUGGUAAAGCCAAGGGCUGACGCAGUCGUGAAAGAAAAGAAGACCAAGAAGCCUAAGCCAGCCGCAGCAGAAGCUGCACCAGAACCCGCCGAAGAUGCACUCGCUCCCACGGAAGUCGACGAUGCUGGAGAAGGUGGAGCGGAACUCACCGAAGACCAAACCGCCGCCCUCAUAGCCGGCUUUUCCAGCAGCGAGGACGAAGCAUCCGAGGAUGAAGAGGCUGGGAUCGCCAUCUCAAAACUCCCCAAAGCCCCACGCAUUGGUGACAUCCAAAAGACGAUCAAGGACGCCGCCUCCAAAGACCCCGAGCAGACUCCCGGCGUAGUCUACAUCGGUCGCAUCCCACACGGUUUCUAUGAAAAGCAGAUGCGGGCCUACUUCUCCCAGUUUGGCGAGAUCUUGCACAUGCGACUCGCGCGCAACCACAAGACCGGGAAGAGUCAGCACUACGCUUUCCUCGAAUUCAAGAGUGGUGCCGUGGGCGAGAUCGUGGCCAAGACGAUGGAUAAAUAUUUAUUGUUCGGCCACAUCCUGCAAGUCCGCAUUGUUCCACGAGAGCAAGUGAAGGAGAACAUGUGGGAUGGCUCAGGGAAGAGGAAGAAGCCGGCGCCGAGGAAUCGGUUGGAGGGUAGUCAUCUGAAGAGGGGAUUGGUGAAGGAGGAUUGGGAGAAGAAGGUUGGGAAGGAGAACAAGAAGAGGAGUGAGAAGGCGGAGAAGUUGAGGGAGUUGGGGUAUGAGUUUGAUAUGCCUGUGGUGAAGUCUGUGGAUGAGGUUGACAUGGGUGCCGGUGCGAUUGAGGAGGCGCAGGCAGACGAGCCAAAGUUGCUGGAGGCCAGCGAGCCGGUGCCUGCUGCAGCAGAGCCGGUCUCGGAACCUGAAGCUGCUGCUGCUGCUGCGAAGAAAGCUACCAAGGCCAAUUCGAGCAAGAAGCGCAUGUCGACGGAUGCCAGCACCAGCACCAAGAAGGCGAAGAAGGUCAAGACUUAG